GUGUUUGAGUUUGUUUGUUUAGCUGUAAAUUUCUCAGUGAUGAAAUGGCAGGAAUCAUAGUUUUCUAAAAACGAAACAAAACCCCUUUGAUGAAUACUCAGAAUUUGGAGCACUUUUAUGCAUGAAACUGAAACAAAUAGAAGGCUACAUGAAAUGAAUACAAUGAGAUCCUGGUUGCUGUUGCUACUUCUGCUUGUGAACUUGUGUUCACCUGCACCUAGACUUUCGGAUAAGGACAUCUGCCUGUUAGACAACACUAAAUUACAACAGAGGCUAAAACUGCUCCAAGACUUGCUUCAGUUGUGUGAAUUACAGCUGAAGGACAUCUUAGGGAACAACUAUCAUGGAGCAAAGAGCAAGUUCUUCUCAGCCAGGAGGAGCAUACAGCCUGAAAUACUUUUACCCCCAACUAGUGGAAACUUGAUAGUUUACGAUCAAGAUUGCUCUGCAGUGUUUAACAGCAGAAAAAUCGAAAAUGGAUACUACCGAAUCAGGCCCAGAGCAGACCGAGAACCUUUCCUGGUGUACUGUGACAUGUCUGAUGGAGGGGGAUGGACUGUUAUACAGCGACGCAGUAAUGGCAAAGAAAAUUUUGACAGGAAAUGGGCUGAUUACAAACAAGGAUUUGGACAGUUCCAAGGCAAGAAUGAUGAGUACUGGCUGGGCAAUGAGCACAUUUAUGAUCUGCUGGUUAGAGAGAAAAACUCACUAAAAAUUGACCUGAUGGACUGGCAAGGAGAAAGACGAUAUGCAAUCUAUGAAAACUUCCAGAUCAAGAAUGAGCAGGACAAUUACAGGUUAUGGGUGGGCACCUAUUCUGGUAAUGCUGGUGAUGCUCUGUCUGGCGGGAGUAAUUUUGAAGAGCAGUGGUCAGCAUCACUCAGUGGAAUGCCGUUCUCCACAUCAGACAAGGAUCAUGAUAGAUUUCUAGCAGGCAACUGUGCACAAGAGAACAAGUGUGGCUGGUGGUUUAACAGAUGCCAUGCAGCAAAUCUCAAUGGACAAUAUUAUAAAACAGGAAACUAUACUGGACGCCAUGACAAUGGAGUGGUUUGGUCAACCUGGCAUGGGUUGUGGUACUCUCUGAAAUAUACAGCCAUGAAAAUCAGGCUUCCAUCUUUUGUCGACGUAGGGAGUGGACAUGGUGAAAGCAGCUAGGACAGCUAGAAUCCGCAUCAUUGGAGACAGAGAGAGUACAGGAUAAAAAGAAUUUUAGAAAUCAAGGGCCAAACCCUUAGCUGGUGUAAAUCAGCACAGUUGCACUGUAGUAACUGGCAUUUGAUCAGUUUAUAUUAGUUGAGGAUCCAUCCCCAGGGUACAGUACUAGAAUACUCCUAUCGUAUGGUCUAAUGGAGGAUGUAAGGGUCUCUCAUUCUUGCUAAAACCAAUGGAAACACCACAAGUUUGUUUUCCAACGAUUUUAGUGGAGAUGAGAGUACUCAGCAGUUCACAGGAAACUCUCUGCACCUUGCAGAAUCAGGCCCUUACUCCUCUUAGCCAUUUGUACCUUAUAAUGGCCAAAUUCUUCUCACUUUGAUUUCAAUGGUCAGUGAAUGUGGUAAGCAAUAUAAAAACACAGAAACAGAACAAACAGGGGAAUAAGGAUUUGGCCCUUAAAGCUGUCAGCUAGAUCUAGGUCCCAGAUUUAGAUUUUGUUUUGAAGUGGACUUUGCAAAGCCUAAUACAAAUGCUCAAUAUUCUGGAGAAUUUUUUAUUUCAGUUGCUGUUUGUUUAUUUAUAUGUUCUUGUCAGUGUUCUGCAACAGACAACUUUGUGCUAGUGAAUGAGAACUAGAAAGUUCUCUUCAAGUUCACUGUUCACUUCCACUUCAUUAUAUUAGCCAAGUGAAAUGAGAAAAGUAUACAGCACAAAUGAACGAGUAUAGAAAAACAACAAGAAAUGUAAUGCUAACAAUUAAUUCUCUUAAGUUGUUAGUAACAAAAGACUUGGGCUUGACAUAGAUUCUUUAACCUCCAUGCUGUAAAAUGAGCCUACACUUUGUGUAUUAUAAAUAUGCUCUUUUAAAUUAGUCGUUCUUUUCAAUUUAUUUUACUUUUCCUUUAGAUAAAUACACAUUGUAAUUUGUAUUAUAUAUUCGUACACAUGUGAAUUAAAAAUCAUUUGAAUGGAAA